AUGCCGAUGCUCCUGCAUGAAGCAAAUUUUAUUGGGAGAAUUGUUGGGGAGAUUGAUCGACAGUUGAAUAACAAACGCUCAUUAGACAUCGACUUCCCAGUUGGAAUUGAGUCUCGGCUAGAGAAGUUGAGUAAAGAGUUGCGUAUUGAAUCAUCUAAUAAGGAUGUUCGUAUGGUUGGUAUUUGGGUCAUGAGGGUAAGAGCUGCAAACCCCGGUGGUCUAGUUAGUUUGCAAGAACAACUUCUUUCUGAAACCUUAAACAGAAGCAAGAUGAAGGACGUUGGUUUUGUGGAUAGAGGAACCAUUAUGAUAAAAGAAAAAUUCCAACAUAGAAAAUUACUCGUCAUAAUCGACGACGUAGAUAAAGUGGAGCAACUAGAGGCAUUAGCUAGAAGCCAUGAUUGGUUCGGUCCAGGAAGCAGAAUUGUUAUAACAACAAGAGAUGAGCAGUUGCUAAAACCUCGUGUCGAUGAUAUAUAUGUCGCUGAAAAAAUGGAUGAAGAAGAAGCUCUAGAGCUCUUUAUUUGGCAUGCCUUUAAAGGAUGUCAUGUUAACGAAGAAUAUGUUGAGCUCUCAAGAAGAGUAGUUUCUUACUGUAGAGGUUUGCCACUAGCGCUAAAAGUUUUGGUCUCUUCGUUGGCCACACAAAGCAAGGAAGUGUGGGAAAGCCAAUUGGAUAAAUUGAAUACAAUUCCUCCUGAAGAUGUUGUAAACAAGCUCAGAAUAAGCUAUAAAGGGCUAGAUAAUAAAGAUAAGGAUAUAUUCCUUGAUAUAUCUUGUUUUCUUUAUUGGAAUGGACAAGAAGUAUGUCACGCAGAUAUUGGAAGAGAAAUUGUUUGUGAAGAAUCCUAUUAUGACCCUGGAAAACGCAGUAGGCUGUGGCAUCAAGAAGAUGGAACUGACGAAAUUCAAGGACUUGCUCUAAAUUUGGAAAUAUCUGAAAAGGCUAGUUUCAAUGCACAAGCAUUUGAAAACAUAAGGCGACUGAAAUUGCUCCAACUCAAUUACGUAGAGCUCACUGACGGCUACAAAUAUCUUUCCACCAACAUGUUGUGGAUGUGCUGGCAUGGAUUUCCACUACCAUCCAUACCGAAUCAAUUUGAUCAAGAAAGCUUAGUUGCCAUGGACCAGCAGAAUAGCAAACUCAUACUAGUUUGGGAGGAAUCGAAGGAAUUAGCUCUUGCAGGCUGCAGCUUAACUGAAGAUGCAAUCCCUAAGGAUCUCAGGAGCCUAAUUUCCUUAGCAGAUUUAAAUCUUGGAAACAAUGGUUUUCGUAGGCUACCAAGUCUCGGUGGUCUUUCAAAGCUUCAAAAAUUGCGUUUAGAUGACUGCAUAAACCUUACUGCAAUCCCAGAUUUACCAACAAACUUGACAGUUCUGCAAGCGGUUGGCACGUCGAAAGCGUGA